AUGUCGAAGUGCAGGCGUGCCGACGGCGAGGAUUGGCGGCGGAGCUGGGCGGAGCUCGCGGACGAGGUCGCGGGAUUGGAGCUCCGGCCUGAUGCUUCCCUGGGUUCGAUUCCUGGCGGUCCUGAGCAAAGGACACAGGGCGCGGCGGCGUACAUCAAGCAGCUCAAGGAGCGGGUCGAUGCGCUGAAGCGGAGGAAGGAGGGCGGCGGUGGCCGUGAGGGGGGCGCCGCCGCCGGCGCCGUGCGCAUGCCGGUGGUCGAGGUGCGGUGCCAGGACGGGGCGACGCUGGACGCGGUGCUCAUCAGCGAGGCCGGGCGGCCGUUGAAGCUGCACGAGGUGAUGACGGCGCUGGAGGAGGGCGCCGAGGUCGUCAGCGCCAGCUUCUCCGUCGUGGCCGACAAGAUCUUCUACACCAUCCACUCGCAGGCGCUCAACCCCCGGAUCGGGCUCGACGCCGCCAGGGUCUCCGAGAGGCUGCACGACCUGCUGCUCCUCGUCUGACGAACCACCUACUGAAGAUCACCAGCGACGGUGCUGACGAGGGAGAGAUCUACUGUAUUGUUAGCGUAGCUAUAGUCGAGGUCAGGACGCACGGAGCGCGGUAGCAGGGGACGGAUCCAGGGGAGGGAAGCUGCAGGUUUCUUAGCAGUUGUGCAUAUGUAGGAGCAAGCGAGCAGACUGCUUUUUUUUUGCUUGUUUUUUCAGCUCUUAGAACGAAACGGCCGGUGCUGUGUACCACACUGAAGUGUACAUGCAUCCUGUCUCUGUUCUAUUACGUGCUGUUUCAACUUCCUGUACUACUGGUGCUCACUCCACGGAAUCGGAUGCACACUUGUGUUCCUGUGUGUUGCAGUUGCAGCACGUUUCCAGAAUCUAA